ACUUAAUUAAAGCUUAAGUUGAUGAUUAGUUUAAUUUAACUGCAGACGAAAAAAAAUUCUUCUCGAUAAUCAGAAAAUAAAAAUGAAGAUAACAUUAUCAAAUCUGUUUGUUGCCCUUCUUCUGAUAUCAGCUUUUAGCGUCCAGGAGGGAAAGAAGAGGACGAAACGACAAGGUUAUUCGCCCAGAUGUCAAUUAGAUGAUGCUAAUCCUUUUAGACUUCAGUCUGGGAGAGGUUUUUCCCGUUGCAGAACAACAAAUCUUCAACGUAUCAGACUGCACGUGAAACCAACCUAUGGGGGGAAAUACGAUGCCCCACUGAUUUUUCCUGGGCGUUAUCGACCAACUGAGGCAAAACAAUGCAUCACAUCCAAAGGGAUUCACGGAAUCUGUAAACACCGUAGCAGCUGUGUAUUUGCGUUUGAGAAUGUUGAUGACCUACGAAAAUCUACCUGUCGUCAGGACAACAAUGACAUCGGAACCUGUUGUCCAGUUCAAACUUUUGCAGUAAUACAACCAAUUCCAAUUAGAGUUCCUACUUUGGUCAUUCCAAUAAGGGACAGCAGACAACAAGCAACAAUAAACGAACUUAAUAUAGCUGGAGAAGCUGGAUUGUUAGCCUUACUAGAUUUACAAGCUUUGGAGUUGCAGCUCAGAACCCUAGGUAUAAUUGUGGAAACUGGCACAUCUACUGCCUACCAUCAGGCUUUCUUCGGUACAAAAGCUUUCACUCAGAAAGUAGGAGAUAAUGGAUUUGUUGGUUUGAAGGCAACCGAAGAGUUGGCUAAAAAUUUGCGCUUGAACCCCACACAGAGCAGAAACAGUCUACCACAAUUUAGUUUGAAGGACACUAUAGCGAGCUCUGUUUGUCCUCGAAUUCCCCUUUGCCAAUCGACAAAAUACCGAACCAUAGAUGGUAGCUGUAACAACCUACAAAAUCCUACCUGGGGCCAAUCUUUUACCUCAUUUAUCCGUUUGUUGCAAUCAAAUUACGCUGAUGGCCUUAACCUACCACGGAUAGCUUCUGAUGGAGGCCCUCUACCUAGUGCACGCGAUAUCUCCGUACAAGCGACCCCUGACGCCAACGUACCUCACGAAGCUUACACCUUACUCGUUAUGCAGUUUGCACAGUUUUUAGAUCAUGACUUAUCUUUAGUGGGCUUGACAAGAGGAAACAAUGGUAGUGGCAUAGUAUGCUGCACGGAAAACGUCCUAAGGAAUCCCAGACUUCGCCAUCCAGCUUGCUUCGAAAUAGCAAUAUCCAAGAAUGAUCCAUUCUACUCCUGGUUCGGUGAAACUUGUAUGGAGUUUGUGAGGUCACUUCCGGCACCACGCCCAGGUUGUUCUUUCGGACCUCGCGAACAACUGAACCAAAUAACGGCUUUUAUCGACGCUUCGAAUGUCUACGGGUCUACCGAAGAGGAGAUGGUUGAACUUAGAAGCUUUUCCUAUGGACAGCUGCGUGUGACCAGGAUCGGAAACACUGACCUCCUACCUUUAGAACUUGACGAGAAUGUUGAAUGUCAGACGUCACAAGGCAACGAAGAUUUCUUUUGUUUUAAAGCAGGUGACGAACGUGCUAACGAACAAAUUGACUUGGCGGUUCUCCAUACCAUUUGGAUGAGGGAACACAACAGAAUAGCCAGAAUUCUAGCCUACAAUACGAACUGGAAUGAUGAGGUCCUUUACCAAGAAGCCCGUCGUAUCGUCGGUGCUCAGAUGCAGCACAUCGUGUUUAACGAAUUCUUACCACUUCUAUUAGGUAGGAAAGUGAUAGCGGCGUUUGAUUUGUCGUUAACGCAGAGCGGGUAUAGCAACAACUAUAAUCCAAGUGUCAAUCCCAGCAUCUCAAAUUCCUUUUCAGCAGCUGCCUAUCGCUAUGGCCACACUCUUGUACAGGGAACGUUGGACCUUCUUGAGAGAAACAAUGAAAUCGUGGAUAAAGUGCCUUUAUCAACAGCCUUCUUCAAUCCAUCCCAUUUAUACACGCAAGGCAGUCUGGAUCAUUUAUUGCGAGGUUUAGUUCGACAACCUUCACAACGAUUUGACUCGUUUGUCACUGAUCAGCUGACCAACCAUCUUUUUCAACCUCCCGGUCAAAAAUUUGGAAUGGAUCUUGUUGCAUUGAACAUCCAGCGUGGUCGCGAUCACGGACUUCCAGGGUACAAUGCUUGGAGGGAACUCUGUGGACUACCCGUAGCCCAGACGUUUGAAGACCUCGCUCAGUGGAUGAGGCCGGAAACAGUCAACGCUUUUAAGAAGCUGUACAGGAACGUGGAUGACAUCGAUUUAUUCCCAGCUGGUAUUGCCGAAUAUCCACUUCCUGGAGCUACCCUCGGACCAACGUUUGCUUGUAUUACUGCCGACCAGUUCCGUAGAUUGAAGCUCGGUGAUCGGUUUUGGUAUGAAAACGGUGGUUUGGAGUCUUCUUUCUCCGAGGACCAGCUUGCUGAAAUCAGAAAAACGAGUCUCGCCCGAAUAAUCUGCGACAACAGUGAUAGUUUUUACAGGAUGCAGCCUUUGGCCUUUCUGCAACCCAAUAUUUACUGGAAUCCUCUUGUUCCAUGUAACAGCACAUUGAUCCCCCGGCUUGAUCUCACGCUAUGGUUCAACGAGCCAGUCGGGUUCUAGGUGCCGACGUUGACACAUUGGAGCUCAAUAACAAAACUUAUAACAUAUAGAUCCAAGCAUUGAAUUUCAAUACAGAGUCAUUUUAAAAUAAAUCCUCUUAACUCGAAUUUACUGAAAGUAAAAAAUAUUCUUA